AUACCUUUGUUGCUCGUCAACAAGGGUGCGCCAGCGUGGCUUGGCGCACCCAGUGAAUACUGAAUUCAGGUGGCCUGGGAACCAUGGCGAGCCAAAAACGAGGGCAGCGUCCCGCAGCCAGGCCAAGCGCACCACUGAUUGUUGCGUGCACUGCCGGCGCUGUCUUGGUGGGGGCUGGCGCUCUAUUCGCGCGGCUGAGGUUCUGCAGGCGCUGCGAGGCGGCUACGGCGAACCAGGUCUUGGCAGUCGCAGGCACUGGUUCUAAUCUAGAUGGAGACAUCGCGCCAGAAGGCCAGCAAGGCCAGGUGGUUCAUGCCCACGGUCUGGAGCUUCAGGUGUACCGGCCGUGGCAGCUGGAGCCCUGCGUUGCUGCGCCAGAGGCUCAGGAGCGCAGCGGUAGCACGCACCCGAGUGUGUCAGCCUGCGGCGCCGUCAUGAAGGCCAUGGCCAGCGAGCCUGGCGACCUGCGCCGCUCCCUGGAGGACGACACGGCUGUGUGGGACAUCAUCGCCCCACGCCCUGCCGCCGCUGCGCCCAUCGCUAGUGCUGCCGUGGCGGUGGCGUCGUGCGUGCUGCCGCCGUUGGAUUACGCCGAGGUGCUGGAUGCCGCGCCAACGGACCCGCAGCCGCUGGACACACCUACCGCCGCCGUGACCCUGGCGCCGCUGCUGCUGCUCGCGCCGGUACCUGCGCUGACACCGGCCCCCUGGUUCGCGGCCGGAGACACAGCUGGUGUGGCAGUCGCCACAAGCGCAGCUGCAGCCUGUUCGGCAGCGACUGCCGCUGACACGAGCGAUGCGCAUGUGGAGGAGCAGUCAGCGCUGGCGCCAGAUCCUGCGCCAUGCCCGGGCCUGGCCGGCACCACCAAGGCGAACACUGCUGCCGCUUACACUGCUGUCGUAGCAGUCCUGCCGCAGCCGGCGGCGGAGGAAGAGGCUGCUGUGGGCGGAUGCCUGGAGGCUGAGUCGUCCUGGGAUCCGCCGCAGUCCUGGUGCGGGGACGACUCGGAGGGGGAGUGCGAGCUGCUGGAGGCGGAGUGGGUGGAGAUGGACAAGGUGCGCUUGGUCGGGCAGGAGGAGGAGGAGGUGGUGCUCGUGGAUGCAAACGCGUAUGUGGCCAGCGAGGAGGCGGACAGCUGUGACGGCGAGGACUUCUUCUCAAAGUACGAGAACGCGGCCUUCAUCCAGGCGGCAGACGCCAGCGAGCAGCAGGAGCGCCAGGAGGUGCAGCAGCGGGAGCGCCUGCCCGGAGCCCCAGCCACGUCGCAGUCCGCGUUCGCGGCGUACCGCGGCGGCAACGCCGGCGCAUUACCCUUUGCGCCGUGCACGCCGUGCGCCAGCUUCCAUAUGCGCGACAACGACGUCUUCGAUGCCAGCGCCGUGUCCGAUGCCAUCUGCGCCGCCGCCGCCGCCGCCGCCGCAGUGUCUGCCGCUUCCCGGGACGGCAGCAGCGGCGGCCACGCCGAAUGGAGCUGCCUGGGUGCUGCGCAGGACACCGCCCCCUCAAAGAAUCAGCAGCAACAGCAGCCGUCACAGCUGCCCCGCGUCGAGUCCUUCGCGCCGGCCACUCCCGCGCUGCUGUCGGCCUGCCCCUCACUGGCGCGGGCCGACAGCCUGCUGACCGCCGCGCCGGCGCCGUCGGCCUCGCGGUCGGCCUCGCUGCGCUCGCCCAGCUGCCGCCGCACCGCCUCGGCUCGGCGGGCGCUCUGGCUGGACGGCUGCGUGUGCGCUGAAGAGCAGGAGGAGGAGGCCGGCGGGGAGCCGGUGGUGGCGGAGGGCGUGGCGUUCCUGGUGGCAGCGGUUGAGGCGGCGUUGGUGGAGAACCCGCUCUUUGCGGACGCGGUGCUACCCGCGGGCCCCAGAGCCUCGCAGGAGCACGGUCUCAAGCGCUCGUCCCUGGAAUACGUCAACCCGUGUUACGCCGCGGAGGGAGAGGACGGCGAGGAGGGAGAGGCAGCAGAGCCAGCGACGGCGGUGUCUGAUGGUGCCGUGGCUCAGGGGGCAGGCGUGGUCUGCCCAUCGUUGGAGGCGCUCUCCGAGCCCUCCAUGGCGCGCUCUGCCCAGCCCUGCCCGCCGCCGACUGCUACACCGGCGCUGGCCGGCCCUCCAGGUGCGCCGCCGCCGCGCCGCCGCGGCGUCAGCAGCCCUGGAAGCAGCCCGCGGGCCGCACCCCAACCCAGGCCCGCUUGGAGGCCCAACAGCAGCAAGGCGGGCACCGGCGCCGUGCUUCCGCGCCUACCCCGUGUCGGCAACACCGCGGCUGCAGGGAUGAUACCUGCAGCCGUCCGCAGCAGCCGCAGCACCGGUGACCACCGCGCCCUGCCUCCGGCCACUCCGCGCUACCUUGCUCCCACGGCCGCCUUCCUCGCGGCUACACGGGCGGCGGCCUUAAAACGCGUACCGCUGUCGCCGGCAGCGGCCAAGGCGGUGGGUGGGGGCGCCGUGGCCACUGGUAUUGCUCGGCCGCCGUUCCGGCCCGCGUCCAAGUCCUCCAGGACUGCCCCCGGCAAGCCAGAGCCGCGCGGUGCAUCGGUGCCUCGGGCGGCCGCCAGCAGCACGCCUGCCACCACCAGCCGUAGCAGCCGCAGCAGCAGCGGCCGUGAGUCCUCGGCGAGCAGCUGCGAACCGCCCCGCUUCAUGCGCCCCACUGCAACCUUCCUAGCAGCCAGCGCCAGUGCGCACAAGGCGGCGUCACUGAGAGCCAGCACUGGCAGCAGCGGGAGCAGCAGUGGCAGCGGCGGCACCGGCUCCUCAAGGGCGCCGCAGACGUGGAAGGUGGAUGCCGUGGUGGCCAGGUCUGGCGGAACUGCGGCCGCGGCUACGAAGCGCCCGGUGUGGCGAUGAACUGGUGCGCGCAGCGCAACGGAUGAGAGGGAGUUGAGGCUUGCGAGCUGCCGUCACGCGAAUACGUGGCGAUCGGCCGUUCGAUUCGUACUUAAAGAGCCCGUGCACCGUUGAAUAUGGCGAUGACAGUAUUUGGUUGAUACUUGAUAGUAUAUAUUAUUCUUUCGCAGUUGUCUGCAGUCGUGUAUUCGCAGAAGUUGCCGCAGGCUGCACACGCCCGCACACGGGGGUGGCUCGUGAUCCUUGAGCGCGGCGCCGCAGCCGCAUGCAAGUACGGUAGUAGUAGCACGUGCGGGGUUGGGAUGCAGGUGGUUUGUGAUCGCAUUGAUCCCAGAACGGAACCGCGAGCAGCGAUGAAGUUGGCAGUGAUGCUGUUGCCAUAUUGGUAGUUCGGGGUUGACAAUAUAUGGCUUUGAAUGUUUGAGAACACCCAAGCGCAGGUCCACCAAGUAGGGUGGUGCCGAAGCGUGGUGUUAGUAAGGCCAGUGCCUUGCUUUGCGAGCAAGUAGGACACACGUGCUGAGCUCUGGGGCCAACUCAGAAGCCCACUAAGCACAUCCAUUUGGGUAGAUGCAGAUGCCCCAAGGCUCAUCUGACAUGCAGUUUUGUGAUUGCUCGCGGUACCGUAUUCUUGGCUGUCUGUCACCGCUCAGGGUAGCGGUGCUUGCGUCAAGGGAGCUGAACCAGCAGCUGGCUGGGAUUGUAAAUUUGUAACGCUGUUUGAGA